AUGCCCCUGUCCAAUGGCAGUAUGCGAAUCCAACGGUUGAUUGUAUUACUUGCCAUUGGUGUGCUUGCCAUUUUCUCUCUUCUACUCCUGCGGUCCCCAAGUACGCCCCAAAAGCCUAUAGACUUGCCUCCUCCCGAACCGAUCGAACACCCUCAACUCCAUGCGGGGCAGAACACCUACCUCCCCGAGAAGGAACACCCGAUUUCGCGUCUGAUCGGAAAUGCCCAGCAGACCUUUGACCAUGCGCAGUCGCGGCAGUCCAAGACUCUGGCUCAGGCCGUGGAGGAGUACAAGCGCCGCUACAACAUGCACCCGCCGCCACACUUCGACAAGUGGUUCGAAUUUGCACAGUCCAGAAACGUACAGCUUAUCGACGAGUUCGAUUCCAUCUAUCAUUCCUUGAUACCAUUUUGGGGCCUCAAGCCGAAAACGAUUCGCGAGAGGGCACGUGAGACCCUUGGUUUUGACAAUGCGGUUUUGGGUGUUUUGAUCCGCGAUGGCAAGGUGUCCUUAACGGACGGCGGAGGCGAUGAUCGUAAGUGGCAGCGAGAUGCCACUGCUGGAAUGAUGGACGCCUUCGUGAAGUACCUGCCGGACAUGGACUUGGUCUUCAAUACCCACGAUGAACCUCGUGUGAUUCUCCCUAGUGCGGACCUGCAGCGAUUGGUGCAGACCGCCCGGGACCAAGUGAUCCCUGCCGCGUUCAAGAGAACGCCGACUAAUGCUUGGUCUGCUCGUGCGUCGGAUGUUAACAAGGGCGAUCGCAUUGACGAAGUGCGCACCACUCGCUUUAACAGGUUCGCGCACCAGCCGACGUGGACAAACUCCCGAAUUUCCUGCCCCGUUGACAGCCCUGCGCGCUCCCUCGAUGAUGACGUGCCGGAUGACGUUGAUCCUUAUGCUUACGGUGAGCUCGGUUUCAUCUACAACACCACGGCGGCCUCCGACAUCUGCCACACCCCCUCCCUCCGCUACACUUACGGAUUCUUCGACCGGCCCAAUGCGUUCGAUGUUGUUCACGACCUGUUCCCCAUCUUCUCGCAAAGCAAGAUCUCCAGCUUCCAGGACAUCAUCUACCCGAGUCCCUGGUACUGGGCCGACAAAGUACCUUACGAUAAGAAGAAGGACUACGAGUGGGACGCGAAGACAAACCGGAUGUACUGGCGUGGGUCGACCACGGGCGGAUUCUCGCGCGCAGGGGGCUGGCGCAGACAGCACCGACAGCAGUUUGUUGACAACGUCAAUGCUCUUGGCACGAGCAAGAUUCUAAGCCACCAGGAGAAUUCUUGGGUCUCGCAAGAUGUCAUGCGAGCUAACUACAAAGACAUGUUUGAUGUCAAGUUCACACUGAUUGGACAGUGUGAUCCGGAUGACUGUAAUGCGCAGACCGAGUAUUUUGGAGUCUUCAAGCAGACCGGGCAGCAGGAUGCGUGGGCACAUAAGUACCUGGUCGAUAUUGACGGUAAUGCCUUCAGUGGCCGGUUCCACGCUUUCCUGCAUAGCAACAGUUUCGUCUACAAGAUCGCUAUAUUCCGCGAGUGGCAUGACGAAUGGUUGAAGCCCUGGGUGCACUAUGUGCCUCUCAGCUUGAAGGGCAAUGAGUAUCUCGAGAGCAUGCGAUACUUUACCUCCGACGAUGGCUCGGACUCCGCUCGCCAAAUCGCCAGUCAGGGCCAAAGCUGGGCCCAGAAGACACUCCGUAAUGAAGAUUUGGAGGUUUGGUUCUUCCGAUUGCUCCUGGAGUAUGGUCGUUUGGUCGACGAUAACCGUGAUCAACUUGGAUUCACCCUUUGA